CAGCCAUACAACGUCGGUGUUUCUGCAGGUGCUAGACGCGGUGGUGCAUUGGUGUAAUAAGAGUCUAAAAUAAAUAUUUAAAGAUGGCUUCAGCUACAGCUACCUAUGGACAGAAGGAGUCCUCAGACCAGAACUUUGACUACAUGUUCAAGAUCCUCAUCAUUGGAAACAGCAGCGUGGGCAAGACCAGCUUUCUGUUCCGCUACGCUGACGACUCCUUCACGCCGGCCUUCGUCAGCACGGUGGGUAUCGACUUCAAGGUGAAGACCAUCUACAGGAAUGACAAGAGGAUCAAGCUACAGAUCUGGGAUACGGCAGGGCAGGAGAGGUACAGGACUAUCACCACCGCUUACUACCGCGGAGCCAUGGGCUUCAUCCUCAUGUAUGACAUCACCAAUGAGGAGUCCUUUAACGCUGUGCAGGACUGGUCAACCCAGAUCAAGACUUACUCUUGGGACAACGCGCAGGUCCUGCUGGUGGGAAACAAGUGUGACAUGGAGGACGAGAGGGUGGUGGCAGCAGACCGGGGUAGGCAGCUCUCUGAACACUUGGGGUUCGAGUUCUUUGAGGCCAGUGCCAAGGACAACAUCAAUGUGAAGCAGACGUUCGAGCGGUUGGUAGACAUCAUCUGCGAAAAGAUGUCUGAGAGCUUGGACGCCGCCGACCCGGCCAUCACAGGGGCCAAACAAGGGCCCCAGCUUACCGAGCAGCCCGCAGCCCCCCAACAGGACUGUGCAUGCUAAAGCUUAACGACCCCCCACAUCAACCCAUCCUCAGGUCCCCUCACCCUCACUACACCCACUCACCCAUCUCCCCCCGAAUGAACAUAUCAUUCCAUAUGGGUGAAUGCGUGAAGUUCACUCUGUUUUUCCCAUGAUCCUCUUGUGCCCUCUGCACCCUUUACUCUGGUUGUCACUAGUUACCACAGACACAAAGUCAUAAUUAUGGCUAAACCCCACUUAUUUCUACAAUGCAAAUUCUUCAAAUCUGAUUUUUAACCUAACCUUAACCACACUGCUAACCUUAUGCUUAACUCAAACCUUAAAUUAAGACCAAAAAGCUAUUUUUUUAAAUCAUACAUUUUAUUAGCCAAUAUUGUCUUUGUGACUGUGGUAACUAAAUCAAAUCUAAUUUUAUUUGUCACAUGCGCCGAAAAUGGGUGUAGACUUUAUAGUAAAUGCUUACUUACAAGCCCUUAACCAACAAUGCAGUACAAAAAAAUACAUAAAAAAAGAAGAAAUUAAAGUAACAAAUAAUUAAAGAGCAGCAGUAAAAUAACAAUAACAAGGCUGUAUACAGGGGGUACCCGUAAAGAGUCAAUGUGCGGGGGCACCGGUUAGUCGAGGUAAUUGAGGCAAUAUGUACAUGUAGGUAGAGUUAUUAAAUUAUUAAAGUGAAUAUGCAUGGAUAAUAACAAAGAGUUAUGGGGGGGGGAGGCAAUGCAAAUAGUCUGGAUAGCCAUUUGAUGAGAUGUUCUGGGAUAUUAUGGCUUUGGGGUAGAAGCUGUUUAGAAGCCUCUUGGACCUAGACUUGACACUCCAGUACUGCUUGCUGUGCGGUAGCAGAGAGAACAGUCUAUGACUAGGGUGGCUGAAGUCUUUGACAGUUUUUAGGGUCUGCCUCUGACACCGCCUGGUAUAGAAGUCCUGGAUGGCAGGAAGUUUGGCCCCAGUGAUAUACUGGGCCGUACGCACUACCUUCUGUAGUGCCUUGCGGUCGCAUGCCGAGCAGUUGCCAUACCAGGCCGUGAUGCUCUCGAUGGUGCAGCUAUAGAACCUUUUGAGGAUCUGAGGACCCAUGCCAAAUCUUUUCAGUCACCUGAGGGAAUAGGUUUUGUGCCCUGUUCACAACUGUCUUGGUAUGCUUGGACCAUGUUAGUUUGUUGUUGAUGUGGACACCAAGGAACUCUCAACCUGCUCCACUACAGCCCCUGAGAAUGAGGGCAAGCUCAGUCCUCCUUUUCCUGUAGUCCACAAUCAUCUCCUUUGUCUUGAUCACGUUGAGGGAGAGGUUGUUGUCCUGGCACCACACGGUCAGGUCUCUGACCUCCUCCCUAUAGGCUGUCUUGUUGUUGUCAGUGAUCAGGCCUACCACUGUUGUGUCAUCGGCAAACUUAAUGAUGGUGUUGGAGUCGUGCCUGGCUGUGCAGUCAUGAGUGAACAGCGAGAACAGGAGGGGAUUGAGCACGCACCCCUGAGAGGCUCCCGUGUUGAGGAUCAGCGAGGCAGAUGUGUUGUUACCUACCCUUACCACCUGGGGGCGGCCCAUCGAAGUCCAGGAUCCAGUUGCAGAGGGAGGUGUUUAGUCCCAGGGCCCUUAGCUUAGUGUUGAGCUUUGAGAGCACCUUUGUGUUGAACGCUGAGCUGUAGUCAAUGAAUAGCAUUCUCACAUAGGUGUUCCUUUUGUCUUGGUGGGAAAGGGCAGUGUGGAGUGCAAUAGAGAUUGCAUAAUCUGUGGAUCUGUUAGGGUGGUAUGCAAAUUGGAGUGCGUCUAGGGUUUCUGGGAUGAUGGUGUUGAUUUGAGCCACGAACAGCCUUUCAAAGCACUUCAUGGCUACAGACGUGAGCACUAUGGGUCGGUUGUCAUUUAGGCAGGUUACCUUAGUGUUCGUGGGCACAGGGACUAUGGUGGUCUGCUUGAAUCAUGUUGGUAUUACAGUCUCUGACAGGGAGAGGUUGAAAAUGUCAGUAAAGACACUUGUCAGUUGGUCAGCGCAUGCUCUGAGUACAUGUCUUGGUAAUCCGCCUGGCCCUGCAGCCUUACGAAUGUUAACCUGUUUUAAAGGUCUUACUCACAUUGGCUGCGGAGAGCAUGAUCACACAUUCGUCCGGAACAGCUGAUGCUCUCAUGCAUGUUUCAGUGUUACUUGCCUCGAAGCGAGCAUAGAAGUUAUUUAGCUUGUCUGGUAGGCUCAUGUCACUGGGCAGCUCUCGGCUGUUCUUCCCUUUGUAGUCUGUAAUAAUUUGCAAACCCUGCCACAUCUGAUGAGCAUCGGAGCCGGUGUAGUACGAUUCGAUCUUUGUCCUGUAUUGAUGCUUUGCCUGUUUGAUGGUUUGUCGGAGGGCAUAGCGGGAUUUCUUAUAAGCACUGCAUUAAAAUCCCCGGCCACUAGCAGCGCUGCCUCUGGAUGAGCGUUUUCCUGUUUGCUUAUGGUGGAAUACAGCUCAUUGAGUGCGGUCUUAGUGCCAUCAUUUGUCUGUGGUGGUAUGUAGACAGCUAUGAAAAAUUCAGAUGAAAACUCUAGGUAGAUAGUGUUGUCCACAGCUUAUCAUGAGAUACUCUACCUCAGGCGAGCAAAACCUUAAGACUUUCUUAGAUAUUGUGCACCAGCUGUUGUUUACAAAUAUACAUACAUCGCCACCCCUUGUCUUACCAGAGGCUGCUGUUCUAUCCUGCUGAUACAGUGUAAAAUCCGCCAGCUGUAUGUUAUUUAUGUCGUCGUUCAGCCACGACUCGGUGAAACACAAGAUAUUACCAUUUUUAAUGUCCCGUUGGUAGUUUAAUCUUGCUCGUAGGUCAUCGAUUUUAUUUUCCAAUGAUUGCAUGUUGGCCAAUAGAAUGGAUGACAGUGACAACUAGUGACAACUCUUUAUUCUUCUCCUGAUUGUAGUCAUGAUGGAGUUCUCUAUCCAGAGUCUGUCCCAAAUCCUUAUCAUUGUUUGCCUUUUUUUCUCUCAGACUAAUGCUUUUCUGAUAUCAGCCUUUGUUGGGGACUGAUGGGAAUGCCAUAUUAAACUAUGUGUUGUCAUAAAAAGGUCAAUAAUUUGGAAACAUUGUGUUGAUAUUGAAGCCUAGUACAUAUAUACUGAUCUUGUCCCUCCUCUCUGUGCGAAAUAUAAGUAAACAUAUUUAAUUUACAUCAGUCAUUGUUUUUUGUUGUUGUGUGUAUUUAUUAGAAUCCCCAAAAAGCUGCUGCUGAGGCAGAGGCUCCUCUUCCUGGCCUUCAAAAAGGAAACAACAGAUUUUUUAACACCAUUCCUUAUUCCAGUCUCAAAUUUUUGUCCAAUCAGCUUUUAUUUUUGUAUACUGGUACCUCUUUCUUUUUUAAAGCUUUUCGUACAUAAAAAAACCUGUAAGGGAAUAACGAACAAAUUAUAGAUGAGUUAAAAAAAACAGAGACACCUCUUUAUUUAUUUUUGUUUUAAAUGUCUAUGUAAAUAAUGUGCAGUACAAGAUAUCUAUGGUAUACAUUUCAAAAAAUGUAUUUUUCUUUUAGUAUAAAGAAAAUAUCUAUGAAGAUGUAUCAAAAAUGAGAGAUCAAUGUUGUAUAUUUUCUCUGGAUCCAUUUAUAUAUUGUUUAAUUAAUUUCAUUGUCACCCCCCUUUAGCCCAUUUAGACAGAACUUCUCAGCUCCUACUAGCCCCUCAGAUAUGUACAAAUACACUCACUAAUAGCAGUAAAGAUGAAUGCUAGUUUGCAUGGAAAAAGGCUGAAGCCACAAAAGCAGAGCAUACUAUAGCUGCAGUGUGUCAGCAUCGUUCACCGUUUACAUCUGUUUCAAUUAUUUUGUUUCAAAUAUUUGGGAGAAAUAAUGAAUUGCAGUGUGCAUGUUACAUCAGAGGCAAUACUGGCCUCCAUAUGACUUGAAAUAGGCUAAAUGAGACUGCACAAGUGAGAUAAGAUUAAAAAGAAAAAUCAUACUAUCACACAUCCUGUACAAUAACAUAGGUUUAAAAAAAUAAAAAAAGCUAUUUAGUAAACUUUCAUUUAGGGACGAAAAAUAUGAAUGACCUUUUGCCUCUUGUCUGUGAAUUGGUUAUUCAGUCCAAGGUCUCACUCCAGGCACGUUUCCAUCUAAAUGAGAGAAUAUAUUACUAAUUGUAUGUGAUCAAAACCACUAUCUCCCUUAAGCCUUUCAUUAUAUUAUACCAAUGGUUGUUUCAAUGGCCUUUACUAGAGAACGGAUGAGUGCGAAACAGUCACACAGGUAGAUCAGUCUUUCAAUCAUCCUCAAUAGAUGAAGAGGUCAAAUUUAUACUUCAUUGAGUCCCACCAAAGUUUUGAUGUGGGACGAUAAUGAUAAUUGUGUAACACUAAUAAUAGAAUAAUACUACUGUAGUAACAAUUACAAUAACAACAGUAUCGGAUCAUCGUGAACUUGAGUACCUUGCAGUUCAGUAUACAUUUUCACCAAUUUUCUAUACCACAUGGCUGUGAGUUCUCAGUAGUAUCCAGAGAUCCCCCCUCUGUAAACUGUCCUCCUCCUUUCUGAUGCGGUCUUCCUUUCUAUGAAACAAACUGUAAAUACAUUUUAGUUACAGUAUAUAUGUUUAAUGUGUGGAUUGCGUUGUAUUGACUCCAGGCUUGCAAAACAAAAAGGGAAAAAAAGCUGUAACUUUCGUUAUUACAAAGCAAUACAAUACAAAUAGCAAUUCCGUACUUAAUGAUUAAUAUAUUUAUUAUUUUUAAAGGUUUAGUACCUCAGGUUCAUUUGGAAAGUGUCGGGUCAGUUUGUCCUCAGUGCUAUUUCUAGGUAGUAUAGAACUGAAUUAGUGGAUUUAUUGCGUUUGUGGUGAGAAAUGUUGUAUCAGAGAUGGCACCAAAGUUACAAAAAAACAACAACUACAAACAUUUGACUUGAGUGUAAAUUUUGAAAAGUACUAUAAGAGUACUUCUUUGCUUAGAAGGCAACCUUGUGUUUCCAAACCGACCAAUAAGGUUUGCGUUGUCAUGAAGGUAUUGUAAUUUUAGAAAAAGACCCAAAGUGUUGCUUGUUUUUGGAAUUUAUUUAAUCGUUUUAUUUGUGUUCUUUUUUUAAAUUAUGCAUCCACCAAACACUGUUCUGGAAAGUACUGUUGACUUGGUUUACAUGUAUUUUUACUUUGUUUUUCAAUUGUGAGAAUACAACAACUAUUAUGCAGUAGUUUGUGUAAUAUAACAAAAAGGGAAUAUAGUGUCAAUGUUAAAUUGUGAACAUUACCAAAUCUACUGAACAUGUGGAAUUCAAUGACAAAAAUACAAGUUUGUGCUGUUACAA